GCAUAACCAAGCCUACCCUGACUAUUACACAGAUGACCCGCACCUCCCUGAGCCUCUGUUUCGCCAUCCAUAAAGCAGCAAACAGCAAAAACAAAACACAUUUCUUCCAAAGUAGCCACAUGACUGAGGACAGAACUCUGCUACCUGACAGCCCUGGUUUCUGCCGUCACAAUCUGCAACUUUCAAGUCGGAAGCAUCUGUUUUGGGUCACUUCUCAGCAUUAAAUCUCCCUGAGAAGGAGAAGUGGGGUCCUACGGGAAACUGCAAAACUCGACUGCCCAUACGGAUGCUGUUCCCAGGAAAAAGGGACAUCAGGUCAAGUUCCUUUGGAGAGAGGGUGUGAGGGAGAGGUGGCUGGUUCCCAGAUGUUAUAGGCCCCCAUGGACACCAUUUUGGAAGCCAGACUCCAUACUCAGCAGAAGAGCAGCCAGAAUGGCCGGGAGACCAGCCUGUGGUCCUCAGGCUUUGGGAUGAAGCUGGAAGCUGUCACCCCAUUCCUGGGGAAAUAUCGCCCCUUUGUGGGUCGUUGCUGCCAGACCUGCACCCCUAAGAGCUGGGAGUCCCUCUUCCACAGAAGCAUAAUGGAUUUGGGCUUCUGCAAUGCGAUCCUGGUGAAGGAGGAGAACACCAGGUUUCGGGGCUGGCUGGUUCGGAGGCUCUGCUAUUUCUUGUGGUCACUGGAGCAGCACAUACCCCCCUGCCAGGAUGCUCCACAGAAGAUCAUGGAAAGCACUGGGGUGCAGAAUGUCAUCUCAGGGAGGGCCCCAGGAGGGGCUGGGGAGGGCCAGGUGCCCAACCUUGUGAAGAAAGAGGUACAGCGCAUCCUGGGACACAUCCAGGCCCCGCCCUGCCCCUUCCUGCUCAGGCUGUUUAGCUGGGCUCUGCUGCGGUUCCUGAACUGCCUCUUCCUGAACGUGCAGCUCCACAAGGGCCAGAUGAAGAUGGUCCACAAGGCCGCCCAGGCGGGCUCGCCGCUUGUCUUCCUCUCUACCCACAAGUCACUCCUGGACGGGAUUCUGCUGCCCUUCGUGCUGCUCUCCCAGGGCCUGGGCGUGCUCCGUGUGGCUUGGGACCCCCGUGCCUGCUCCCCAAUCCUCAGAGCUCUGCUAAGGAAGCUUGGGGGGCUUUUCCUACCCCCAGAGGCCAACCUCCCCCUGGACAGUUCUGAGGGGGUCCUUGCAAGGGCUGUGAUCCAUGCGGCUAUGGAGCAGCUGCUGGUCAGCAGGCAACCCCUGCUCAUCUUUCUGGAGGAGCUCCCUGGGGCCCAGGGGCCUCGGCUGUCAGCCUUGGGCCAGGCCUGGCUGGGACUGGUGGUGGAGGCAGUCAAGGUGGGCAUCGUCCCAGAUGCUCUCCUGGUGCCAGUGGCCAUCACCUAUGACCUGGUUCCAGAUGCACCACGUUAUGCACACCAUGCCUCAGCCCCACUGGGGCUGUGGACGGGAGCUCUGGCUGUCCUGCGAAGCCUGCGAGGCUGGGGCUGUAGCCACCGGGUCUGUGUCCGUGUGCAGCUGGCCCAGCCCUUCUCCCUGCAGGAAUACACCAUCAAUGCCAGAAGCUGUUGGGGAAGCAGGCAGACCCUGGAGCAGCUGCUGCAGCCCAUCGUGCUGGGCCAGUGUACUGCUGUUCCAGACACUGAGAAGGAACAGGAGUGGACCCCAGUAACUCAGCCUCUUCUGGCCCUCAAGGAAGAGGACCAGUGCCUGAUCAGGAGGCUGAGCUGUCACGUCCUGAAUGCCAGCGUGGCCAGCUCGGCGGUGAUGAGCACGGCCAUCAUGGCAACGCUGCUGCUGUUUAAGCACCCAAAGGGGGUGUUCCUGUCACAGCUCCUGGGGGAGUUCUCCUGGCUGACAGAGGAGACGUUGCUGCGUGGCUUUGAUGUGGGCUUCUCAGGGCAGCUGCGGUGCCUGUUGCAGCACACGCUGAGCCUGCUGCGGGCACACGUGGCUCUGCUGCGUGUCCGCCAGGGGGAUUUGCUGGUGGUUCCACGGCCUGGGCCAGGCCUCAUGGACCUUGCACGCUUGAGCACAGAGCUGCUGCCGGCCUUCCUGAGCGAGGCCGUGGGUGCCUGUGCUGUGCGGGGACUGCUGGCAGGCAGAGUGCCACCUGAGGGGCCCUGGGAGCUGCAAGGCAUCGAGCUGCUGAGCCAGAAUGAGUUAUACCGCCAGAUCCUGCUGCUGCUGCACUUGCUGCCACAAGACCUGCUGCUGCUGCCGCCUUGCCAGUCUUCCUACUGCUACUGUCAGGAGGUGCUGGACCGUCUCAUCCAGUGUGGGCUCCUGGUUGCUGAGGAGACCCCAGGCUCCCAGCUGGCCUGCGACACAGGGCGACAGCGUUUGAGUGCAAAGCUGCUGUGGAAACCGAGUGGGGACUUUACUGAUAGUGACAGUGAUGACUUCGAGGAGGCGGAGGGCCGGUACUUUAGGCUCAGUCAGCAGUCGCGCUGCCCCGACUUCUUCCUCUUUCUCUGCCGCCUGCUCAGCCCACUGCUCAAGGCCUUCGCCCAGGCUGCCGCCUUCCUCCACCAGGGACAGCUGCCUGAUAGCGAGUCGGGCUACGUGGAGCAGCUGUUCCAGUUCCUGCAGGACACUGCCCAGGAGGAAGGGUUCUUCGAGUGUGCAGACCCAAAUCUUGCCAUCAGUGCUAUCUGGACCUUCAGAGACCUGGGGGUGUUACAGCAGACACCAAGCCCUGCAGGCCCCAUGUUCCACCUGUCUCCCACAUUUGCCAGCCGGGACAAUCAGGAAAAGCUGGAACAGUUCAUUCGGCAGUUCAUUUGUGGCUAGAACUGUGAGGUGGAGCCCGUCCUGAGACUUCUCAGCCCCAGAACAUAGCCGUACCCUGGAGCCAGAAGACAGAGGAGGUUGCAGACCCUUAGCUGGACUAUAAAAUCUUUGAGGUUUGAUUGUCCCUUGCUGUCUUUUGCUUUCUCCAUCCCUUGAUGUGAUAAAG